AUGUUUCCUAUCAACACCUUCCUCCUAUAUCUUUUUCACGCUAUUGUUUUCAGUACGCUCUCAGCAGGCCAUGUCCCCUCUCCUCCCAAACCAGAACCAGUCGAGAUCGUCCAACUACCGCUUCCACCUGUCUCUAGUGCCACUGGGGGUUCAUGCACCCCAGAGGCUGGUGGUCUUAUCCAGAUAGGUAGCUUUUUGCCCGAUGGUAAUCAUGUCAUUGCCCUGGUCAAUUACACCGGUGCUCAGGAUGAAGCUAGUAUAUACGCAGGGGCCCAAAUAAUCCUCAUAAAGGCUGAUGGCACUACCUUCUCCAAUAGGAGUCCUUUUAAAUGCGUUACCUGUGGAGUGCCCCAGGGCAAUGCUGCGGGUCGAGCCAAUACUCUAGACUACCCACAGGCAUUCCGAGAUGGAAAACGCAUCCUAGCUGGCACUAACAUUAUCGACUGUAGGGAAUUCGACUUGUUCAGUGACCACUGCACUCCCGAGUUGACCUACAUUUACCCUAUCCGAUGGAACACUGCCGUGGAUGGGUCUGGGCAGGGCGGAAGUAUCCGUGAAUUGCGUUUACACCCAGACGACAUACACCUUGGCUUCAGCUCCUUCACAUCGUCUGGGGGAAAACUGGGCCAGUACGGCUAUGUUGGUCGGCUCGUGUUCAACCCUUCGCCAGAUAUGGGCUCACCCAUGACUCCACGAUAUGAUUUAGCCAAGGUCAACAUACUAUUCAACAACGACACCAAACACCAGCCCAUUCUCAUCGACGGAGAUCAGCUACGAUUCAAUCAUGACGCUAUCACCGUAGGUGAGUUCCGUGGAUUUAGCGGACGGGGCAAAGAGGCUACUUAUGUCGGAUACCCACGCGAAUCGACAAACAUCGACAUCUUCGCAAUCGACUUGACAACUGGCGAGGUGCGGAGACUUACGAGCCACCCAGAGUAUUGCGAUCCUGUUGACAUCUCGGCGGAUGAUGAGUGGAUGGUCAUCAUGGAUACACGUGGCAGCGGUCGACAAAUGUUCAUGGCCGGUAUGCGAAACGUCCCCCCAAUCAUAGAUAUAAUUGCUACCACAGUUGCGUCCUCGACCCGAAACAAUGGUGCUCGCAGGUUCUUCCAGCCAUACCUUCUUGAUCGGUACGGUGAUCGAGGCGAUUAUUACGGCCAACGCAUCAAUGCAGCAGGCGAUGGGAGCCCUGGCAGUAUUAACGAUCCAAAUUGGAAUGGAUUGGCCGAUCCUAAAUUUUCGCUGGACGGCACACGCCUUGUAUAUUACCAAGCGAUGGUUGUAUCCCCAGCUUGCGGUGGCACCAAUCCUCUCCCUUGUCCAAACUCGACCGAACAAGGCGGCCGAACGGAGCGAGCCAUGGUCGCGCACUUCACAUCUCGUCGGCCGGUACCUGUUGAGCCUGUUGAGCCACUGAAUGACGAUAUCCCCUGGGCUACCCCUUACGAGCCUGGGCUGGUCCCUGCCCCCAUUUUGGCCAUUCCAAGUGGCACCUACACACUGCUAGGCAGCAUGUCCGGGUCUGCUGAAAUCACCAUUACCGAGAAUGCUGAUAGUUCAGUAAUAGAGUCCAUCGCCGUGGUGUAUGAAGAUUUCUCCGAUGAUGGACUCACAUUCUUGGACGGGACAGAAAAUGUCACCGUCCGUAACCCGACAAUCACGCUGAACAAAAUUGACUGGUACUCGAACCUGACCCAGCGAGGACAGACGAAUGCCACCAAAAAAACCAGUGCUGAUGGAUUCCAUCUAUCCAUCGACACACUGACCAACAUUUUUAAUGCCAAUGGUACUCUUAAUUCGGAUCAGGCACCUGCCCAAUUAUGGCAUCACCGGCCGAGAAAUCUACCCGCAGACCCCACGCGAAGACACGGACGGGAUGCCGAGUCUGUAAAUCUAGGAAAGUUAAGACGUGGGAUCACAUGCGAUUUCAGUCUUUCGGAACAUUCUGCCGUUUCUAGUCCUCGUGCAUCUGCCAAUGCUGUUGGACACACACCCAAUGGGAGCCAAGCUACAACGCCAGAAACCGCCGCGGCUUCGAUCGCGUCUCAACCUACGCCGGCCGGCUUCUUUAGUGCUCUGGACCUCGAGCUCCUUCACCACUUUACUACCGCAACAUGUUAUACCUUUAGCACUGAGCCUAUGGUCCGUAAUUUUUGGCGCGUCAAUGUACCUCGAAUGGGCUUCUCUUUCCCCUAUGUCAUGAAUGCCAUUCUUUCAUUAGCAGCCCUUCAUCUUGCCCGAUUCAAGCCGCAACGGAAAGAUGUUCUCCUGGAGCAGUCAUUAGUUCAUCAUAAUGCAGCAUCCCAUUUGGCGCUCCCCGUGCUGAAUAAUCUCAGCUCUGACGAAUCAGUACCCAUCUUCAUCUUCAGCAUGACCACCACUUGGAUUGCCCUCGCCAGCCCUAAGGAAUCCAGCAAUUUGCUUGUGGUCUCUAAUGGAGCAAUGCCGCAAUGGCUAUUUCUUCUCAGGGGAAUGCGUGGAGUACUAGAACACAAUGACAACGCCAUCCACUCGGUCCGGUCUUCCGGCUUUAUAUUCGAUAAUGGGAGACAAACGGACAAUAUCUGGCAUACUACUAUACCACCUGAACACGAAGGCCUCAAAGAGCUGGAGGCGACCAUUAGGUUCUACGUUAAAGAUCCAGAAAAGCUAGAGCUUCUGUCCCACGGAAUAGACUCCCUCGUGCGAAGUUUUGCCUUCUUCUACGGGAACACAUACAGCGACGACCAAAAGCAUAGGGCCGCAUUCAUGUGGUUCUUCAAGAUCCGCGAUGGCUUUGUGAACCUGCUCAAAGAGCGGGAUAGCGAGGCCCUGUGUGUUCUCUCCUUUUUCUGCGUUUUACUUAAACGCUUAGACUACAACUGGUGGAUAGAGGGCUGGGGAGUCCAUUUAAUCGGCAGGAUAUAUUCUGUGUUGGAUGAUGGGUAUCGACUAUGGAUUCGAUGGCCCAUCGAAGAGAUCGGCUGGGUGCCCAUCUGGGAGGCGAAAUAA